AUGUCGCUUAUCGUCCACGAUACGUUAUCAUUGACAACAGAAACUGGAGUCAGUAAGAUUCAGUUGUGCAUCGGCGACAUCACUAAGCUUCCCAGAGAGGAAAAAGUCGAUGUUUUGGUUGUUUCCGCGUUUCCCGGUAAGCUCGUCACAAACAUUGAUAAACAUGCACAACUCGUAUCAGUUUACUAAACCGUUGACAAGUGAUUGAUAAUCAAAAAUAAUUCUUGAACUCUUGAACUUAUGUCAUCCAGUUUAGAAUAAACCCUUGAGAUUUCUAGGAUUACGCUUUGUUUAAGAUAUCAUAUGUAAUUUGAUUUGAUGCUAUGAUUUUCCGUAUAUUGGACCAUGUGCAUGCCGCUCUUUUGAUGACAAACUAUUUGACUAAACUCUCAACUUUUGCUUGAGCUUAAUUUUAAAAUUACGAUCUAGAUUUGCUGUCACAUGGAAAAUGGAUAUCUCGAUCACUGAGGCUUCCGAUUUUCCCCUUAAGUAAUCCAUCAAACUGCUUUCAUAACUGCAUUUGUAAGCCCCGGCCGGCCCUGAUUUCCUUUCAAAUUUAUCAUUAUUACUGUUGGUUUGAAAACUGUUUUUUUAUUCACGUCAGUUAGUAAGUGGUUUAUUUAUUUAUUUUCCUCCGUAAGAACUGCAGGUUUUUACAAGAAAAGAACUAUAAUAAUGUUUCUGUACCAUAUUCAAUUUUUUCUAUUCUUUUUUGUAAUGUAAUUCAGAUAUUCCUGAGUCCCGUGAAAUUUUUGCUUGUUGCUUGUGAAAUUUGGACUCCUGUUGGAAUCCGGACUCCUGAUAACAAUUGGGAUCUGGAAUCUAAGUCCCUGGAAUCCAGAAUCUAGAGUGUCCAAGACUGUCUUAGGGUGCUUUCCAUUUGUCAGAACUCAGGCCAGCCAGACCAUUGCCGGGCCAGUCAGUUAGCAAAUGAAAUAAGGUUUUUGCUGAAAAACCAUCUCCUUUGUGUAUACUAUUUAGGAUUUGACUGAUCUGGCUGGACAGUUUUGAUUAAAAGUGAAAUCCUCAUUACGACGGGAAUUGCAUGGUUUGGCCGGUUUGUUCUGACAAAUGAAAAGUGUGGCCCUUACCUACCUGGAUCUUGUUUACUGUGGGUAAUGUCGACUGAGAUAUCGGUCGACAUAGCGGUCGACAGUCGGUCGAUAUAGCGGUCGACAGUCGGUCGAUAGUCGGUCGACAGUCGGUCGAUAGUUGGUCGAUAGUCGGUCGAUAGUCGGUCGAUAGUCGGUCGAUAGUCGGUCAAUGGUCGGUCGAUAGUGGGUCGAUAGUCGGUCGAUAGUGAGAUAGACUAUCGGCCGAGUAUCGGUCGAUAUUCCGUCGACGCACCUCGACUUACUAUCGGUCAUAUGUCGGUGAUAUAUCGGUCAACUGUCGGUGAUAUAUCGGUCAACUGUCGGUGGUAUGUCAGUCAACUGUCGGUGGUAUAUCGGUGAACUGUCGGUGGUAUAUCGGUCAACUGUCGGUGGUAUAUCGGUCAACUGUCGUUCGAAUAUUAGUCGUGUGUUAAUUUAUCAGGUGAGUCCAAUUUGCUUUUUUUUUUAAGCAAAGACGUCAUUAAUUACUGUUAUCAUGCGAUGGGGAACAUGUGGCAAAGCAAGGCGCGAUUACGCUAUGAAGAGAACCGAAGAGCACUGGGAACUAAGGACAUGAUAACCUUUUUUUUUCCAGUUUGUAUCAUCACCGAUCGUCUGAGUUUUAGCUGUUAAACAGAACCUGUCUCAGCCUAAGUUGAAUCUGCUGCUCCUGUGGUCCCGCAAAAAUGUAGGAAAAUGUAGGAAAUGCUAAGUGUCGACCGACCAUCGACCAAGUGUCGACCAAUUACUGACCGACACAUCAAUCAAGUAUCGACCAACUAUCGACCAAGUAUCGGCAAAGUGUCGGCGAAAUGUCGGCGAAAUGUCGGCGAAGUGUCGGUGAACUAAAAGCUAUAUCGGCCGAGACACAUCUGGAACAACUAUCGGCCGUGUCUCGACCGAGUGUUGACCCACUAUCGACCGACUAUCGACCGCUAUAUCGACCGACUGUCGACCGAGUGUCGACCGACUAUCGACCGAGUGUCGACCAAGUAUCGACCGAGUGUCGACCGCUAUAUCGACCGCUAUAUCGACCGAUAUCUCUCGGUCGACAUUACCCACAGCAAACAAGAUCCACCUACCUUACAUGGGGCCAUGCAAUGGUGACAGGUCCUGACAAGUGCAAGUGUAAAGGAGUGGUUUCAGGGGGAGGGGCAAUGCUUUUGUUGGAGUAUUUCAUACUAAUGGCAAGUUAAUCAUGUGAACUAUAUUUCCAUGAUAUUUUAAGGUGAUUAUUCACCAACUCCGUCUUCAUUGAUUGGAGCACUGGCUAUCAACCUUGGUAUCAGUGUCCGAAAUCUUUCUCAAGACAAAGAGGAAGAUUUACGUAGACAGUACUUCUGUUGGUGGUCCAAGCCGCUUCCUGAACAGUAUAGCUUUAAAAGAAUUCUGUGUUUUGAGGGAGGAUUUGGUAGUCGAGGAAGCCAGCCACCCAAAGUUGUUGGAGCUGUGUUCCGAUGUCUUGUACCAAUUCUUAGUGGCAAAGAUACCACAGAUGGAUCAGUUAUUAUGCCUCUUCUGGCUUCAGGAGAUCAGGUACAGUAAAACCCUGCUUUACAGACACCUGCUUAUAUGGACAACUGUCUUUGUCCAUUGGGAGAGAAAUUCUUAUGUUUUCUCUUACCUUAUUACAGGAAAUUAAUGAUGCACUUCAUUAAUGCGACUUUAAAAAAAUUGCAUUAAUUUAACGCAUCUUAAUUUUCAUCGAUGUUAAUGUAAAUUAUUAAUAAUUAUUAAUAAGUUGGUGUGAGAGUCAGCUUUUCCAUUUUGCUUGAAGGCGGGAACUAUUCUCAGAAUAUAUUGGUGCCGGUACCCUGCAGGUCCGGUCUUCUAAUGAAGUGGCAGAGGUCUCCAGGCAACAUGGUCAAUUAAAUUAGAUGAUAAGUAAUGUUCAUUUAGCAUAAGCAUACCACAUUUCUAUUCUUCAGAUAUUAAGCAAGAUGUACCGCAUGGUCACUAGGGAACAUUUCACUGCUCUAGUCUUAAGGUUUAACUUCUAUUUUUGUGUAAUUUUGAAGAUGGUUAAAAUGCUGCAUUCUACUUGUAAAGCAGCAAGUAUUAUCUAGUUGAAUUUCCAAUUUUUAUUCAAAUCUCAGGGUUACUCAAAGACUCUCAUGCUGCGACUGAUAAUGAACUCUGCAAUACACUGGAUCAAGGCUGGUCUUUCAUUGAAGACGCUCAAGAUUGUCUUGUUUUCUCGCAAUCCUGAAAAACACAGCAAAACAAAUGAGCCACUCUUCGAUUGUUUUCAAAAUAUGAAGGACAAAUAUGAUGAGAAAGAUUUGGUUUAUGUGAGUUGAACUUAGUAUUUUCUUUUUUUCACAUUAAUAGGCCAUUUCCAAGUUCCAAAAACUCUUCCUUUCAAAACAAGGUUAAGUGCACCUGCAAAACCUUGCUUGCGAAAAAGGGUUUUAUGUGCAUGAAAAGUAAAAGCAUUGUGAUCAUUACAGCUUCGCAGUUAGCCUUGAUUUGAAAGAGAGGCUGGGGGCAUCGUGGAAAUGGUCUGUUUUAUGGUUGUUGCUGUUGUUGUUGCUGAUGAAAGUGAGGCAAAAAAUGUAAACAAAGUUUCACAUUUAUGCUGUGUAUUAAAAAGCUUAACUACAAAGGUAUGACUUCCCUGAGACCUUUCCUACUCUGUGGCUACGCAUUUUUGGAUGCCCCACCCCCCCUCUGAGGACUCUGAUGUGUUGUUUUAAUCUGUUUUGAAGCACAGGAUGCCCAAGCAUACUAGUGAGGGAAUGGAAGUUGUAAAAUUUAACACUCUAUUAGUGGUAAAAAUAUCCAGCAUAUAUCUCGAAAUAACCAAUUGAAAAAUACAUUCCAUUUGUAGAUACUUUUAUUCUCAGUCAUCUAUCAGCUGUUUUAAACUAACAAAGGCAAGGAGGCUUUACAUGCAAAAUUUUGUUUCUCAUUAAAUUAACGAGUGUGAGAGCUAGCGUCAAUUCCCUGUUGUGCCCUGUGACUAAAAAAAGACUAUAUUUAUAAUACUUUCCACAGGAAACAGAAGUCUUGUAUGAUGUUUACAUGUCACACAGCCCCAAAGACCAUGACUCAGCCCUGAAAAUUGUAAAGUUCUUGCAGACUGAGAGUAACCUCAACGUGUUCUAUGACAUUCAGGAGCUUAAUGAUGAUGAAUCGUGGCAAGAAGAGAUAUUUAACAUCAUGGGAAAGUGUGCGCGUGUUAUCGCCUUGUUAAGUCCGGGAUAUUUAGAGAAGGAGAGCUGUAUUGAACAGUACAACAUGGCCCUUUGCAUUAACAGGCGCUCGAAAGGAACAGUGCUGGCACCAUUUUACAUCACUUCAAUGGACUACAUGCCCACAUACAUGAGCCUUAUUCAGUACGAAGACUGUAGGUAUGCUUAAUUAAGCCUUUAAGCCCAAAGAGUGAUCAGCAUCAAAUUUCUCCUUACAAUAUCAAUGUUUGUUGAACAGAGUGGUCAUGAGAAUUACAGACAUGAUCACAUAAGAUGAAUUUGCUUGAUAUUUCUUCAACUUCUCUCCACUACUUCUGUAUGAAAUGAAUGGGGGCAACAAAUGAGAAUUCAAAUUUUGAUCUUAGGGUUUAAAGGUUUAACCCUCUUUAUUGACUCUACAGUUAAACCAGUAAUCAAAGUCCUGAAAUAAUUGUAGAAAAAAGAAUGGGAACUUUAGGCGGCUGCGGCCAUCUUUUGGCCGUCCCAACAAGAGUUCCCCCUUUGCUGUCACCUCUAUUAAGUUGCCAUCAAGCGCUUGAUACACUUACUUUGGCUUUAUUUCAAGAAUAAGAUCAAGGAAAAUACAGUCCGAGAUGAAAGGUGAUGACCGUUCGUGGACCAGAAAUGCUGCUCCCGUCACGUGUUUUUUUAUUUUUUCAAAAUAAAGUGUUCUUUCUCCUCAAGGUUAUUUUUAUACAUGAUGAACCUCUAUUAUUGGCCACCCUUCAUUAAGCGGCCACUUGCCGGUACCAACCCCGAGGGUGGCCGUUCAAUGGAGAUAUUUGCCUCCAAAGUUAGGAUUUUUACUUAAGUAGCAACGUCGAUGCGACAGCAGUGAACCGCUAGCGUUUUUUUCAGUCUUCGUUGCGAGUAUCCCACCACGCUUAUCAAAAAUAUACGUAAAUCUUUCUGAAGUUGAAUUUUUAAAGACCACAAUUUUGUUAAGAAAGAGAAAAGUCGGUAAAGAAAUGCACAAAAAAAGGGCCAUUUGACCGACCUCAAACCCGGCUAGAAGGAGGUAUUUGUUAGUCUAACUUAUCCAAAUUCCCUUCCCCUUCCCUUCCAAACGCCUUGCCACGCAGGCUGGCUAACUCAUUAAACUGAUCGCCUACAGGCCAAGGGAUGAACAAAAAUUCAGAACAGCCAGUCACAAUGUUGCAGAAUCAUUGAAGACAGCGCAGAAUGCUGUUUCCCCUGGUGCGAUUACAGGAGGUCAUUCAACGUUAAGCUACGAUGUAUUCAUUUCAUACUGUCAUCAGAACAAGAAUCACGCUGAAAAGCUGUUGGCUACUCUGAGUUCUAUUGAUCCAGAUCUGAAGAUCUUCAUUGACACAUCUGGUCUGAACACAGGAACGUCUUGGCAGCAGAUGCUAUACAAUGCAUUAGGUUAGCAAUCUUUGCUUGCGGCAGAGAAACACUAUUCCGUUAAAACUUUGUGUUUGAAACUGUACUUUGCAGUGGCUCGGGGUAUUACAGGGUUCGUGCGAGUCAUGGGAAACCUGGAAAGUCAUGAAAUUUCAGAAUUUUUUUUUCAGGCCUGGAAAGUCAUGGAAUUCAAUUGUUGGUCCUCGGCUGGAAAGACAAGGAAAAUUAAAGUUUAGAGUAGUUACUGCAGAUGUCAAGUAAAGGACAAUGUAAGAUAGAGACGAGGAAUUAAACAGCGCGAACGGCACGCAUUUUGGUGAACACCAGAUUUUGUGUCUGUUGAACUGAGUUAGGUAAAAAAGUACCCUAAAACACGGAAAGUUUUGAGUUUGAGUUAGCAAAAUUGUGGAGGAAAUAGGUUAUUUUGGGAAGCUCUGUGGGAAGGAUGGUUAUUUUUUUGUAGCCCUGUAGGGUUUAAUGAAGCAUUAGACUGUUCACACUCCCCUAUUUUUUCGUGAGAUCGUUCUUACCGUCACGGCUAUCUUGAUUUUCAAAUGUACCGAGGGUGCGGGCGUCGGGGAUUAUAACCGCCCCCGCCCCCUAAGUAGUUUUGACACUCAUACAAGAUGGCAGCCCGUAACGCAAAGCGCUCGAUCUCGAUGAUCUUGCGGAAAAAUAGAGGACUGUGAACAGUCUAAUGAAGUAUGGGUGAAGGGAAUUUUUUUGCGGAUGGGGGUGGGUAUAGGCGAAAGGAGGUGGAAAUAUUUUGCAGACAUAGCACGUGAUUUUGCCUACGCCUACCCGCCUCCCUCCCCACUGCCGGGGUCGUAAUGAAUAAAACUGAGCCUCCUUACAUGCAGUAUAUAAUCGAAUAAGCUGAUGAAAAUCAAAGGUCGACAAAAAUGCAUAGCCGUGAAGGGUUUUUUAGCUGUUGAGGAGUGUAAAUUAUUAUUUUAUUUUAGUACAGUGGGGUGCAUUUUCCCCUCAGACUCAUUGGUUAAAAUUCUACUAAAUGUCUUUUCAAACUGUUAGAUGGAUCUAAAAGCACAAUCGCUCUUUUGUCGCCGGACUACGUCAAAUCCAAAGUAUGUUAUGAAGAAUUCAGCCUGUCACAUGCCUUGUUCGUGGAUAAAGACAGAACCAUGGAUCUUGUGAGUGUAUUGGUGGAGCCUAUAGAUGAACUGCCUCUCUGGUGUGCGGAGCCUCUUCCUGUUGACUGCGCUUCGUCGCAAGUGGACAUGGAUCAGGUGUUAGCCACAGUCUGUACUGAUUUGGUUAAGAGACUGAAGGGUAAGAUGCCUUUUUUUAUCGAUAUACCUUAACUGCUCGAAUUAGCGCGUCGCCCAAAUCCAAAUGUACGCCCGCUUCGAAUUAGCGUCCCUCCCCCCUUAGGCUAAAAAUAUUAAAUAGGUGCCUCUCACCCCACCCCUGCUUACUGAAGAAAUGGUUUACAAAAAUAUUUACAGGGAAUCUACAAUAGCAUAUCAUUUAAUCACUAGGGAGUGACCUUGCUUAGUCACUGUACCGCGUCUUCCCAGGGCUUCGCGGUCAAUGCAUUUUGGUGACGUAACCGAGACGCCGCGGGCAAUAAUGAGCAACCUCGUCCCUAACCCUCCCAUUUUUGUAGGGAAAAGCCCUGGGGACUAGGUAAGGAGUGACCCAUUUGACCCAUUUCUUGAAAAUGCGGCUCCUUGGAGAUUAGCUUUGGAAGUUAAGUAGAAGGUCGCGCGAAAACUUAAAAGUCGUACGUAAAAUUUGCGUUCACACGCACGUAAAAAAUUAGGCUUAACGGCAAAUCCACCCCGCGGAAAGCCAAUAUUUUUCCCAUAAAGUUAUCAAGAGGAGUUGUUCGUUAAGAAAUACCUAUACAAAAAUAUCAAAUGCAGUCACUUAGUCUCGUUUAGGGGUCAAAUGAAACCUGCGUUAGGUCGAGAUUUGUCUCCUUUGGGUUUAGAUUCUAAUUUUCCGACAAACAAAAAGUUCCCCCGUUCCGGAGGGACACUAAAUGCCGGUCCCAGGGGUAUCCGUCUUAAAUAAAAUAAGAGUGGGGGAAUAACUACAGUCUUGCUUUCUUUCUAUUUAGGCACCAGUAGUCACUCAGCAGAUGACAUCCUCGACCAGCGUUUAAAUCGCCUUAAGAAGAGCAACGUUACGAUUGAAGCAGUCAUGGAUGACUACAGAAAAGCCAACUUUGUGUUCCGCUCAGGUGUUCUGAAAACUCCCAUAGGUUUAAGCAGCGAAAGCAGCAAGGAACCCCUUAGAAUGAGCCAUGCUGCUAGUGAUGUGAUGUCCGUUGAUGCCCAUCAGACUGUCGCAUCCCCUGAGUCAACAGAGGUGACGUCAUCACAUUCCACACCAUCACAAGUGACGCCACAGGGCAAUACCGCUUGUGAUAUUGCCCUGAGUUUUGCCGACUCAGAUAAGAAGUGUGCAGUUGUUUUAAAGCAGUUGCUGCUUGAAAAGAUACCCUCCUUGAAGAUAAGUGAACCAGUUGCAGGGGAUUUCUCAAGAGUACAGUCGUUAGAUGUGGCGCGUGUUAUUGUCCCCCUGCUUUCACCGGCGUUUUUGGUAUCGAAUGAACUAGUGGAAGAAUUAAACAUUGCGAUUUUCAGGAAUCGAAGUUCGUCUCGAAGAAUACUCUAUCCCAUUCAGGUUUCAGCCAUACCUCCCAAGCCAGCUUAUGUGCACCUGAUUCCGUGCGAGUUCUCAAGUUCUGAUUUCAAAUGGGCGAGCAAGGUCAUCGGCGAAAAUCCUAGCAAUGAGGUUUCAAAAAUUGGAGAAAUGACGGGAGUCGAUGUUGAUGAAGUGUUUUGCCUCAAGGCUGCGGCCGAUGUGAUUGUAGAGCGACUUUCAGAAGAAAAUAAACAAGAUUUGAAGUCUUUCAAUCGAGUUUUGCUGAACGUUCACGAAACAGAGCAAGACUGGAAAAAGGUCCAGCAGGCGCUUUAUGAGGAAGAUGGACUCGAAGCGUUCAAAAGAACUUUUGGAGUUGAAAUAAAAAGAUGGCAGGAUGAGUUGAAGCCGGCCAAUAUAGCUGAGGAGAAGACGGAUGAUGACCAUGCCAAAAGAACUUUUGGGACUGAAAUAAAGAGCGGGCAAAACGAAUUGAAGCCGGCGAAAAUAGCUGAAGAGAAGACGGACGAUGACCUUGCCAAAAUUGAUUCUGCAGACGCUCACGGAAGUCAGGAACCGAAUAAAGUGGAAAAGAAUGUUCACUUUGAAGAUGAGAAUGAAGCUCUAAAAAGAGAAAGCAAUAAUCCUGAUGAUGACGCUUCAAACGUUACAAGCCGAAAACAAGAUUCUAAAGCUUGUUCCGUCCUUUAAACCACCUAUUUGGCUAACCCCCGAGAUGGGUAUUCUAAAGAGCCACAAUGGCCCCAUCUUGAAUCUUGGUAUUCUCACCAGUUUACGAUGAAUUUAAUUUGUGCCGCGAAGGGCCCCGCGAAGGUUCAAACCUUGCCUAGUCCCUAGGCCUCAUUAUUCCGCGCGGCCAAAGCGUUUCGGGUCACGUGAAGUAGAAAAAAUUCAUAAAAAUCUUGACCCAGUUUGAAGGGAAUGUCACUGAAAAUCGAUAUCAUUUUAAGGUCCAAGUACGAGAAUGUAAAAUUUGCACGCAUGAAAGAACUGACAUAAAUUUUGUAAAUCCAAUUCGUUUUUAAAGUAGUGCCGGAUCACACUUCAACGACUUCAAAGAAGCCUGCGUAAUUGACAAUAAACGAAAACGACCCAGCCGUCUCCAAAGGGUUAAAAUUCUAGGCUGGAUUUCUUGGUAGCACACGCGAGGAGCGUUGCAUUUUUAUUCGUUCCAUUCUAACUGGCCAAUGCCACCGCACUGAAUAUAGCACUGGAGCAGUAAUUGCAUCUUUGUUAAAAUGUUGUAAACGUACUAAAUGUUUUAUCUGCCUUGUGUAGGCUCCUGCGUUGUAUACAAAAAAUAAUACAUGAUCAUUCGUUUAUACUGAUUUUAAACCCAAAUCCGAUUAUAGGAGAAAAUAAAGAACGAUUGCAGGCUCAC